AUGAUGAAAUUCUCCGUGCUCUUCGCUUUCGCUCUUCCCGGCGUUUAUUGUUCCGAUGAUUUGGACGACGCGUCUGCCGGGGUCGAGGUCGAUGUAAAUUAUGAAAUCUAUGCAGACGUUGACGAGGAUCUUUCCGUGGAAUGUGAGGAGCACGAGGAAUACAGCGAGUGUUCCGGGGGGACGUGCCAGAAAACUUGCGAGAAUCUGGACCAGUGGGAAACGAUGACUUGCGCCAGGACGAGUUGCAUUCACGGUUGCAUCUGCGAGGACGGCUACGUGAGGGAUGAAAACAGGGGCGUCUGCGUCGAGGAAAACAGCUGUCCCCGAGUGAAACAAUAAUUUGAAGCGCGAAGAAUCAGAAUCCGGAUGAUUUAUAAAAAACGCAUCACUUUCUUUUUAUUUUUUAAGUUAUGCGCAGCAUCGAGUUUUAUCGAUGUGUAUAGAGCGUAAAAAAUAUAGCUUUUCAUGUAUUAUGCGUAAUUAUAAUUAAACAUAAUUAAUUGCGAAUACAUCUCGUGUCAACGUCUCGAAAUAAAAACGAUUAUAGCAAAAGGAAUGCCGCGAUAUAAUUUAAAUUGGAUAAAUUAUGCAUUCCUCAAACGUGUUUGCGUACAUUCGACGUUCGUGCACCUGCGUAUAUACAUGCAUUCCGUACGAUAAACGCGUCUCGCCGUUUAGCAUUCGCUUACUCAGAACUGCAGGACUUGACGUAAAAAGAACAAGUGCAAGCUUUAUCGUACCGCGAGCCAUUCGAAUU